CUGGGGGUGUUAAUGGUCUUCACACUUCUACCAUCUGUGGUUUCUGGUUGAAGACAGAUGUGUAUUUAACAGAGUGGAUCAAAAAUAUCUGCAGCAAACCAAAAAAAAAAAUCAACAAAGAGUUUUCAGUCUUGUUGUGUUCAGACUUUUCAAAUAAGAUGCUCCGGUGUAUUCUUCUGGCCACCCUGCUGAUAUCCUCAGUUUGUGCUUUUGACAUGGAAAUGCACAGAGGAAACUUUACUGAAGAUGAACUUGAACAAAUCUCGGGUGAGAUGGCACCAGCCCAACAACUCCCUGGAUUGUGCUGGGCUUGCAAGUGGGCCAUGGGGAAGGUGAAAGGCCUAAUCUCCAGAACAGCAACUCCGAGUGACAUUAAACGGGCGCUGUCACAUGUCUGUGAUGAGAUUGGAUUCCUAAAAUUCAUGUGUAGGAUAUUUGUGAAUAAGUAUCUCGGUGUUCUGAUUGAAGAACUUUCAACUACUGAUGACGCAAGAACCAUCUGUGUUCAUGUUGGUGUUUGCUAAUAAAGAGCAUAGAGUAAAUGGCCUUUCUCCUAUGUAUCGAAGAAAUGCAAAAUGUCUUUUUUUUCUUUGUUUUUUGAGUGCUAUCUUUAGCUGGAAACGUUGCUGAAAUUCUUCACUAUAGAGCUAAUGGUGUGAUUAUUGUGGUUUUGUAUAUCACACUGUCUGUUGCUACAAAUGAAAGCGGAAAUGACAUGAAGUUUUUUGCAUAUUUGUCACAUACACUCAGCUUUCACUGUAUUUUUUCCUGCAAUAAACUGCUAAAUAAAUGUGUGAACAAAC